AGUACACUUGCCAGCAGUGUCAGCGAGCACUCAACUUCCUUUGGUGAAGUGGAUUUACUUGAACUUGAAGGAAGGGGAAAAAAAUGUCUCCACUUCUGAAAAGCAUCUUGGAUAUCACUGAAAUUUUCAAUCAAUAUGCCUUACAUGAUUGUGAUGGGGCAGCACUAAGCAAGAAAGACCUGAAGAACCUCCUUGAAAGGGAAUUUGGAGAUGUCCUUCGGAGGCCACAUGACCCUGAGACAGUAGAUCUGAUCCUGGAACUUCUGGAUCGCGACUGUAACGGGCUCGUCGAUUUCAAUGAAUUCCUCCUGUUCGUUUUCAAGGUGGCUCAAGCUUGUUAUUACGCUCUCAGCCAGGUUUCCGGGCUGGAUGAGAAGGGGGUCAGGUGUGAGGGAAAAGAGAACCCGUUACAAGAUCCCAGGCAAGAAGACCAGAGAUUUGAGCCCCGGGACAGACAACUGGAAGAACACAGGCAGAAAAGGCAGGAACUGGAGAGGGAGCUCGCAGAGGAAGACAAGCAGCGGCUGCAGAGGCGACAACCGGAAGAGCGCCUGGAGGAGGAAGAGCAGCUGAAGAGGCGCAAGGGUUGGGAGCCUGAGGAAUUUCCUGACCGAAAGCAAAGGCAAGAGAGGCGGGAGCAGCGCGAGCUCCGGGAAGAAGAGGAGCAGUUGCAAAGGCAGAAGCGGGAGCAGGAGGAGCCGCGUUUGCAGCAGGAGCUGAGGCGCGAGAAGCAGGACAGACGCGAGCAGACAGAAAGGCGCGAGCAGCAGCUGAGGCGCGGGGAGCCGCGCUUAGAGCAGGAGCUGAGGCGCGAGCAGCAGGAGAGACGCGAGCAGGAACUGAGGCGCGAGCAGAGGCUGAGGCGCGAGGAGCAGGAGAGACGCGAGCAGAUAGAGAGGCGCGAGCAGCAGCUUAGGCGCGGGGAGCCGCGCUUAGAGCAGGAGCUAAGGCGCGAGCAAGAGAGGCGCGAGCAGCAGGAGAGACGCGAGCAGGAGCUGAGGCGCGAGGAGUUGCUCUUUGAACAGGAGCUGAGGCGCGAACAGAAGAGGCGUGAGCAGGAGCUGAGACGCGAGCAGAGGCUGAGGCGUGAGGAGACGCGCUUAGAGCAGGAGCUGAGGCGCGAGCAGGAGAGACGCGAGCAACAGCUGAGGCGCGAGGAGUUGCUCUUUGAACAGGAGCUGAGGCGCGAGCAGGAGAGGCGCGAGCAGGAGCUGAGACGCGAGCAGCGGCUGAGGCGCGAGGAGCCGCGCUUGGAGCAGGAACUCAGGCGCGAGCAGGAGCUCAGGCGCGAGGAGCCGCGCUUGGAGCAGGAGCUCAGGCGCGAGCAGGAGCUCAGGCGCGAGGAGCCGCGCUUGGAGCAGGAGCUCAGGCGCGAAGAGACGCGCUUGAAGCAGGAACUCAGGCGCGAGCAGGAGGAGAGGCGUGAGCAGGAGGAAAGACGCGAGCAGGAGCUGAGGCGCGAGGAGCCCCGCGUGGAGCAGGGGCUCAGGCGCGAGCAAGAGCUCAGGCGCGAAGAGACGCGCUUGAAGCAGGAACUCAGGCGCGAGCAGGAGGAGAGGCGUGAGCAGGAGGAAAGACGCGAGCAGGAGCUGAGGCGCGAGCAGGAGCUGAGGCGCGAGGAGCCCCGCGUGGAGCAGGAGCUCAGGCGCGAGCAAGAGCUCAGGCGCGAACAGGAGGAGAGGCGCGAGCAGGAGCUGAGGCGCGAGCAGGAAGAGAGGCUUGAGCAGGAGCUGAGGCGCGAGGAGCCGCGCUUGGAGCAGGAGCUGAGGCGCGAGCAGCGGCUGAGGCGAGAGGAGACGCGCUUGGAGCAGGAGCUCAGUCGCGAGCGAGAGCUCAGGCGCGAGCAAGAGCUCAGGCGCGAACAGGAGAGGCGCGAGCAGGAGCUGAGGCGCGAGCAGGAGGAGAGGCUCGAGGAGCCGCGCUUGGAGCAGGAGCUGAGGCGCGAGCAGCGGCUGAGGCGAGAGGAGACGCGCUUGGAGCAGGAGCUCAGGCGCGAGCAGGAGGAGAGGCGCGAGCAGGAGCUGAGGCGCGAGCAGCAGGACAGACGCGAGCAGGAGCUGAGGCGGGAGCAGGAGGAGAGGCUCCAGCAGGAGCUGAGGCACGAGCAGCAGCCUGCUGAGGAGGAGGUGGAGGCCCGUGAGCGGGGCAAGAGCCGCACCUCAAGGUGGCAGUGGCAGCUAGAAAGCGAGGCCGACGCCCGUCAGAGCAAGGUCUACUCCAGGCCCCACAGGCAGGAGCAGCAGAGGCAACGCCAGGAACGCGAAGAGAAGAGGCAGCGCCUGGAGCUCGAGCGGCAACUGCGGGAGGAGGACGCCGAGUGGCCAAGCCGGUCCGGGUCCCUCCGGGAGGAGCGCGAGCAGCGGCUGCUCCGAGAGGAGCAGGCACGCCUGCAGGAGGAGGAAGAGCAGCGCCGAGACUUCAAAUGGCAGUGGCAGGCGGAGGAAGAGAGCGAGAGGCGCCGCCAGAGGUUCUCCGCCCGGCCCCAGUUGCGGGAGCAGCAGGAGAGGCAGCUGAGGGCGGAGGAACUGCAGGAUGGGGAACUGCUGCGUGAGGAGGAAGAGCAGCGCCGCCAACGACUCGAGAAGGAGCGGGAGCAGCAGAUCCUCGAGGAGAAGCAGCUCCGGUUGGAGCAGAGCCUCCAAGAGGAUCAGGAGAGGAAGCUACGCCGGGAGGAGCAGCGCCGUGACCAAAAAUGGAGGUGGCAACCAGAAGAGGAAAGCCAGAGACGCCGCCACACAGUCUACGCCAAGCCAACUCAACGAGAGCCGCUGAGGGAGGAAGAGCAGCUGCAGCGAGAGGAACUCAAGACGAGGAGGCGCCAGGAGCUGGAGAGACAAUAUCGGGAGGAAGAGCCGCUGAGGGAGGAAGAGCAGCUGCUAAGAGAUCGGAGGCACCAGCAGCGCGGCAGGCAGUAUCUGGAAGAGGAAGAGCUGCAGCGCCUGGACAGAAAGAGGCAAUUCCUAGAUGAGGAUCAGAGCCGCGAUCUGAAAUGGCAGUGGCAACCAGAAAAAGAAAAUGAAGUUCGUAAUCACAGGGUUUACUCCAAACGCAAAGUGAACGAAGAAAGGAUCCGGCAAUUCGAAGAUUCCCAGGUUCGAGACAGACCAUUCCGGCAGAAUCGGUGGCUCCUGCAGGAUGAACGGGAUGAGGAGAGAGAGCGAGAGAAAGAGAGGACCCGGCAGCAGCGCGACAUGCAAUUCCCAGCUGAGGAACUGCUGGAGCGAGAAGAGCAAAAGGAAGCCAAAAGGCGAGACAGGAAGUUCGGCGAGGAGGAACAGCAGCAGCGCCGCCGGGAACGUGAGCAACAGCUUCGCCAGGAGCGCGACAGAAGGUUCCGUGAGGAGGAACAGCUCCUGCAGGAAAGGGAAGAACAGCUGCGCCGCCAGGAGCGCGACAGAAAGUUCCGUGAGGAGGAAGAGCUGCGCCGCCAGGAGCGCGACAGAAAGUUCCGCGAGGAGGAACAGCUCCUGCAGGAAAGGGAAGAACAGCUGCGCCGCCAGGAGCGCGACAGAAAGUUCCGCGAGGAGGAGUUGCUGCGCCGCCAGGAGCGCGACAGAAAGUUCCGCGAGGAGGAAGAGCUGCGCCGCCAGGAGCGCGACAGAAAGUUCCGUGAGGAAGAACAGCUCCUGCAGGAAAGGGAAGAACAGCUGCGCCGCCAGGAGCGCGACAGAAAGUUCCGCGAGGAGGAACAGCUCCUGCAGGAAAGGGAAGAACAGCUGCGCCGCCAGGAGCGCGACAGAAAGUUCCGCGAGGAGGAACAGCUCCUGCAGGAAAGGGAAGAACAGCUGCGCCGCCAGGAGCGCGACAGAAAGUUCCGCGAGGAGGAGUUGCUGCGCCGCCAGGAGCGCGACAGAAAGUUCCGCGAGGAGGAAUUGAUGCGCCGCCAGGAGCGCGACAGAAACUUCCGUGAGGAGGAACAGCUCCUGCAGGAAAGGGAACAGCUGCGUCGCCAGGAGCGCGACAGAAAGUUCCGCGAGGAGGAAGAGCUGCGCCGCCAGGAGAGCGACAGAAAGUUCCGUGAGGAAGAACAGCUCCUGCAGGAAAGGGAAGAACAGCUGCGCCGCCAAGAGCGCGACAGAAAGUUCCGCGAGGAGGAAGAGCUGCGCCGCCAGGAGCGCGACAGAAAGUUCCGUGAGGAAGAACAGCUCCUGCAGGAAAGGGAAGAACAGCUGCGCCGCCAAGAGCGCGACAGAAAGUUCCGCGAGGAGGAAGAGCUGCGUCGCCAGGAGCGCGACAGAAAGUUCCGUGAAGAGGAACCGUUCCCACAGGAAAGGGAACAGCUGCGUCGCCAGGAGCGCGACAGAAAGUUCCGUGAGGAGGAACAGCUCCUGCAGGAAAGGGAAGAACAGCUGCGCCUCCAGGAGCGCGACAGAAAGUUCCUCGAGGAGGAAGAGUUGCGCCGCCAGGAACGCGACAGAAAGUUCCGGGAGGGGGAACAGAGGCUGCGCCGCCGCCGAGGACUAGAUGGUACCCUCUCUCAGGAGGAGCAACUGAAGGGUGCUGAACAAGAGCAAGAGCAGAGCGUCCAGCAGGAGAGAGAAGAAAAGCGACACCGACAGGAGCAGGACAGGCAGUUCCUCGAGGAAGAAGAGCAACUGCCACGCGAAGAGCAGGAAGAGCUGAGGCGCCGGCAGGAGCGAGGCCAGCAGUACCGCGUGGAGGAGCAGUUUGCCAGGGAGAAGAGGCGCCGUCAGGAACAAGAACUGCGGCAAGAAGAGCAAAGACGCCGCCAGCGGGAGGAGGAACGAAGGCACCGCGGGCAAGUCUGGGAAGACGGAGACAGGGGCCGUCGGCAGACUCUGGAGCCAGGCAAGAGUCAGUUUGCCAGUGUCCCGGUGCGCUCCAGCCCUCUCUAUGAAUAUAUCCAAGAGCAGAGAUCUCAGUACCGCCCUUAAGAGAUGCUGCCAAUAUCCUGACACCUGCCAAAGCUUCCAGCAAAGGAAAAAGAAACACUGGAUACCAAAUGACUCAAAUAUUUCUGGUUGUGGGAGAACUCUCUGAUGUUCCAAAAUCUUUUUUUUCCAAAAUCUUAAACUACACUCAUUUAAUGUACCUUGUACUCUUGCCUUUUAUUCUUCCUCAAGUAGUUCUUUACUGCAGGGUGUCUUUGCUCUUUGGUGCAGAUGUGGUGUGCAAUUUUUAAAAAUCUAAAUCAUUUAAUUCGUUUAAGGAGUUUUGUUUCGGGAACGUUUAUUGCUUUCGAAUAACAAGAAUAACAAUGAUUUAAGAUUCAAAAGAAUUGGGUCUGUUUUUUUCAAUGGUUGAUUCAUCUUAUGGAGAGUUUAGAUAUUUUUUAUGUUCCAGUUGGCAUUUUUUUUCUUGAGCCUAAAUUACACUAAUAUUUACCUCCAAAUAGACUCUCAUUUUUUGGCAUAAUUAACACAGAUUCUGCAAGGGGGCUGAAUUUUUACAAGCCUUGAAUACCGAAGGGCAGGGGAGGAGGAGGGAGUGACUUCUACAGAAAAAUUCCCUGUGAAAUCAGCCCCUAACUGGAAGAAAUCUGAAGAUUUAGCUUCAAAACCUAGAAUUUGAAUUUGAUUUUUUUCAUACUUGAUAAGCACUUAAAAUCUCCUGAGCCAAAAGCAAGGUAUUUCCCAAAAAACUCCAGAGCUCAAAAUUUAAAACUGUCUACUGUAGUCUGUAAUGUUCAGUUCUUUUCCCCCAAUCUUUGAUGAAUUUGAGAAUACUCCUACCUUUGUUCAUUUUAACUGAGAGAGAACCUGCUCAAGAUCCUAUAAACAUCUAUUUCACUCUAGAGUCAAAAGGAGAUCAAAGCAUUUUCGGGGAAGGAAAGGGAAAAAUUUGUGAACAGAAGGGCAAGUUCCCAGAAGCCCUUAGAUGAGACCCAUCAGCUCACAAUCCUUUAAGACCUAUUGAUACUACCUUGGAGACAUUCUUGUUGAAAUGAUUGGACUGUGUAAAAAAUAAAUGUUUGGCAAACAA